AUGGGUUUUAGAAUGUCAUUCCUCAAUGGUUCCAAAGUAAAUAUCGGAUGGGGUUCUUCGGAUAUUCUCACGGUUGGUGAUCAGUCGUAUCAGAGAUUUCUAUAUCUAAUACCAUCCUCGAGCUCAAAGCCUAAACAUCCUGGUGUUAACUCUAAUUCCAGCAGCGGCUCGCUUAAUGUCAGCUAUAAAAUGAGAAUUACACUACCUACCUCGGAAGUCUAUCCUGGCCUUAAUCCAGUUAAGAACUCUUCAAAUGGAUAUCUGGGAACGAAACUCUGGAUUUCUGCUGAAGGGAUUUAUGAUACUGCAACAGGUAGCCUAUGCAUGGUUGGCUGCAGCCGUUUAAUGUCGGGUGAGAAAUCGUUUUCAAGUCAUUCGAUGGAUUGUGAGAUUCUUGUGAAUGUCUAUUUUCCUCCACGGAACUCAGACAGGAGAAGUAAGAUCAAGGGAAGCAUCGAGAGCAUGCGCAAGAAUACCGAUCCUUUGUACUUCACGCCUAUGCAGUUUUCGGGAUGGGCUCAUUAUCACCAUUGGAUAACCGAAUCGAUGUGGAGAAUGAAUUUUGAGAUGAUCAUGUCGGUCAUAUCCAACACUCUUGCAAUUAUCUUUGCAGCGUUUCAAAUCUUUCAUGUUCGGAAGCAGCGUGGCGCUGGUCCUUUGGUUUCACUUCUCAUGCUUGUUAUUCUAGCCUUGGGACACUUGAUCCCUUUGGUUCUAAAUCUCGAAGCAAUGUUUGAACAAGAUAGCGAAAGAUCAGUCUUGAUUAGAGGUGGAACAUGGAUCGAAAUGAAUGAGGUGAUCAUUCGGGUUGUCACAAUGGUGGCUUUUCUGCUGCAAAUCCGUCUUCUGAUGCUCUCAUGGACUGCUAGAUGCUCCACUGGAAAGAAAAAAGCCUUGUGGACUGCAGAAAAGAGGGGGCUGUACGUGUGUUUUCUGGUGUACAUAACUGGAGCUAUGAUCGCGUUUUUCAUUAAGUCGAGGCAGAGUGUACAUCAAACCAGAAGGCAUUCUUGGUACUACAAGGAUGAAAUCAUUUUGGGGAGUUCAAGACCUUAUGCUGGUUUAAUCCUGGAUGUCUUUCUUUUCCCUCAAAUCAUCUUCAACAUGCUUCAGAAUUCAAGAGAACCAGCUCUGUCUCGAUUCUAUUACAUCGGAAUCACUGUUGUUCGCCUGUUGCCCCAUGGAUAUGAUCUUUACAGGGCAAACACCUAUGCUGAUAUAGAAGACACAUACAUUUAUGCAAAUCAUGCUGCAGACUACUACUCAACUGCUUGGGACUUCAUUAUUAUUGUGUUGGGUCUAUUCUUUGCAGCAACCAUACACUACCAACAGCGUCUCGGUGGUCGAUGUUUUCUUCCAAAGAGAUUCCAGGAAUCUGUGAUAGAUGAGGAACUUUCAGUGGAUUCAGAAGAACAGUUGCCACUGAAAUAUAGCACUUAG